AUGGAAUCAAAACCAUCAUCACCUUCGGAAGGAGUAAAGAAGAGUGCUUUCAAGCUGAAAAUCGAGGAACUUGCCAACGCAAAUGCUGGCAUAGGUUACAGUGUUUGUGGUGGUGUGAGUGGAGCUGUUUCAAGAACAGUGGCUGCCCCCUUUGAAAGGCUUAAAAUUCUGUUUCAAGUUCAGGACCUUUCUGUUCAAAACACAAAUCCAGGAGAAGUUAAAUAUAAUGGUAUAUUUCGUAGUUUAAUUCAAAUCGGAAAGGAUGAAGGAAUAACGGGAUACUUUAAAGGAAAUGGUAGUAAUGUUGUGCGUAUUGUUCCCUACACGGCAGCACAAUUUGUUUCCUAUGAAAAGUAUAAAGAAUUUGCUAUGGCUAGGUCGGAAGAUGGAAAAUUGACCACUGUUCAAAGACUUGUGUGUGGUGGUUUGGCUGGUAUGACUUCUGUUGUUGUUUCCUAUCCACUUGAUGUGGUGCGGUGUCGAUUGAGUGCACAAUAUGAACCAAAAAUCUAUCAUGGAAUUAAUCAUGCUUUGAAAAUGAUUUACAAACAAGAAGGAUUGUAUGGACUAUAUAGAGGUAUGGUUCCGACCCUACUCGGAAUUGCUCCAUAUGUUGCUCUUAAUUUUACAACCUAUGAGAAAUUGAAAGUAUUGUGCUUGGAAUAUUUAGGAUCUGAUAGUUUAGGUAUUGUUACCAAGUUGGCUCUUGGAGCUGUUAGCGGAACUUUUGCACAGACCGUUACUUAUCCAUUCGACGUGGUGAGAAGAAGAAUGCAAAUGGUUGGUAUGGGAGGUAGUACUGAGCACAUUUCACUAUCGGCCGCUUUCCGUCAAGUUUAUCAAAGAUAUGGUUUUGUUGGAUUUUACAAAGGUCUUCUUUCGAAUUAUUUGAAGGUCAUUCCAGUUGUUUCCAUCAACUUUGUUGUCUACGAAUACAUGAAGAUUUUCCUUGGAUUAUCUAAAGAAGGAUCAGGAGAAGUUUAA